CGUCCCACUGCAUUCUUAAAACGAACCGCUGUAGCGAAGCUGUAUGCUGCAGAUUAGAGUUUCCUUCUUUUGUCACUGAGGCCCCCAGAAGCUCGAGGCGUAAGUGGUGUGACAAGAGAUCUUUUAAAGUCUAGCCUGCCCUUAGACCUCUUGCUCUGAAAAGGAAAAUAAGGUGCUCAGAGAACUGCAACUCAGUCAAAACUUAUCUCCCGCGGAUGAGUAAACCUUUGCAUGUUCUGAACGAAUGGAUCGCCUGUCUAACAAAUUUUACCUCCUAAUGCAAACUGUACGGAGACCAGUUGUUUCAUAUGGAAUUAAUAUAUGUGAUCAAUCGUACCAUUUAAAAAAAUGCUCUGCAUCCCACCGCAUCCUAGCAGGGGCCCAGGCCCCUGGUGGGUGGAAAUGUAGUCUUCUCUUCCGGAUCACUAAAUGUGGUCCAGAUUCAAGGUUGCACCGGAACAUUUUCUUACUCUGUUAGGGGAUCUACACUGGAAACAUCUCUGAAGCCCUCUCAGCAUCCUGUCUGUGGCCUGCUACACAUGGUCAGUGUGCUUUAUAGAGGGAACGGAGAGGGCUGGCCAGCCUGGGGAAUUCCCGAAGAGGAAGCACAUGUGGGAUGAGAUGGUCUUCCCCUCAUCACAUCAACACUAUCAGGGAGACUUGGUUAUGACGGACGUAAACAGUGGCUCCAACAAUUCAAGCAGCUGCAGGUGGAGAAACCGUGUCUUAGAACUUCACACACUGUGCUGAGCCUGAAGAAGUAGCAUGGCUUGUUGGCUUUGUGACAAGUUCUUUUUCAUUUUUAAGAAAACAGUUGUGACUCUUAGAGGCCAACUGGGAACAAUUGAAGAAAUGUAGGAAAAUGAGGGAAAUACAUACAUGGCGGGGUAGGGAGGGGACAAAACCAAUGUUAUGGGCUGGUUUCUUGGCUGUAGUAGCAAUGUUAGCAGCAACAUUCCACCCGGGUGAGUAAUAGACCCCAUUCAUGGGAGAGAGACUAGGGCCUCUGUGAGCGCAGUGUGCGAGUGGGUGCUGGCGGAGUUGGGCUGGUGGGCUGACUGUCUAGCAAGAAGCUCUGGGUUGUAAACAACUGUGAAUAGGUGCAAAGCAAGCUGCCCUUGGAACAUACUACUGAGUGCAGCUGCUCAGAAAUGGGAAGCUAGUUUUGCCUGUGGUUCCAAGGGUUACUCUCCUCUUUGUUUCUUUCCCAGAAUCUCUUGGAAUAGAAACAGCAGAUUAGUUUCAAUUGAGAAUUUUCUUAGAAUUCUUAAACACUUACGCUGUCUUAAAAUCUGCUGUUAGGGAUUCCCUGUUACUUCGCAUUAAGCCUCCAGUUCCUUCAGUAUGUGUCGUGGAAGAAGUAGAAGGGGGUUUUGGCCUUCAGAGGUGGACCUUAUCUAAGUGAGCACUGUUAAGACGGAGGGGAAGUGCCCCACUCCCCCCAAGCCAGUGAAAGUGAUUGUGCAAAGUGUAGGCAGAUGCCAUCAUCAGAAAUGGAUGCUCCCUGCUGUCCUUCACCUACCCUAGAGCAUUCGGUCCGCCAUGACCAGCCAAACUAAGGGGGAAAUUACCAACAUUGAUCUAGCCCUUAGAAUAGUAUUCCUCACCUUUUUUGACAGUAAAGCACAAUAAAAAUGCAUGUUACUUUACAACCCUAAAGGUAUAUACACACAACACUUAAAGUUUCACAAAACAAUACUUACACUUACUACUUUCAAUGCACUCUGCCAUUCUCUAUUCUGUUCUUCCUUUUUCUUUUCUCUCUUUCUUUCUUUCUUUUUUUUUUUUUAAAGCUGUUUGUGGCUUCCUAAGUGGUGCUAGCAGUUUAAAAAUCUCUACCCUUGGGGAUAAGAUGCCUGUGCUGAUUAUCUCUAGACAGAGUCUCACUGAGGCUUUGUUCUAAUCUCCUGUCCUCCUUGGACUUUUCGCAUGCUUGGCUUUUGCAGUUAUCACCCUCAUGUGGAGUAAUCCUGGGGGGAUGUGAAAGGCCUGAAGUCAAGAAGGAAUUCCCACAGCCCAGGUUAGGCCGGUACUGCCUGGUGCUCUCAGUGUGUGCAACUGGUUUUUUAUCAGGGGCAAAGGGUAGGGGACUUGAGGAUGAGGUCUUUGGGCACAAAAGCAAAGCCCUUGCCCCGGGGCUUGUGAUGUGGGCUCAGCUACUCCGCCAGCCUGGACAUCCUGGAAUCUGCGUUGUCCUUUCCCUGUCAGUCUGUUGAAAGCCCAGGAGACUGAUGUGUCAAGCCCGAGGGGAGAGCCUGCUUCUCCAGGCAAAAGGUUGCAUCUUAACUGUGGUUGCACUUAACUUUCACAAAAAGGAGUACACAGAAUAGCUGCGUAAGGCCAAUCCCGAACUUAAUGAAGGAUGUCAGAGUGGGAGCAUUCUGAUGUGCCAGUGUCCUCAUCCUGCAGUGUGUUCCGUUUUCUCCCCUUUCCGAAAAAAAUGGUAUUAAAAUAUUUUGUGAAAUAAGAAGCUCCUUUUACAUUUUUAAUGACCAACAUGCACAUCUGUUCUAAAGAAUACAAAGUCCUAUGGUCUUGAAGAAGGAAGCACCCAUUUAAAACUGACCCUGAAUAAAAACAGACCUGAAUGGACGUCAGAAUGUUUGUUAGUGGCAGGAGAGUAAAAAAAUGGCAAUUUAUUCAGUUAUUUGCCACUUGUUUUGUACUAAGCCUCAUGUUCUUCUGGAUACCGAUCGAUAACCACAUCGUGAGCCACAUGAAGUCCUACUCUUACAGAUACCUCAUAAAUAGCUACGACUUUGUGAAUGAUAGCCUGUCUCUUAAGCGCAGCGAGGAUGGGGCUCCUCGCUACCAGUACUUGAUAAACCAUGAGGAGAAGUGUCAAACACAAGACGUCCUGCUCUUACUGUUUGUAAAGACUGCUCCUGAAAACUACAAUCGCCGUUCUGCCAUUAGGAAAACAUGGGGCAAUGAGAAGUAUGUUCGCUCUGAACUUAACGCCAACAUUAAAACUCUGUUUGUCUUAGGAACACCUUCUGACCCACUGACAAGAGAAAGACUUCAGAGAAGACUGGUUUGGGAAGAUCAGAUGUACAACGAUAUAAUUCAGCAAGGCUUUGCUGAUUCUUUCUAUAAUCUUACUCUUAAAUUUCUUCUGCAGUUCAGUUGGGCAAAUAGCUUUUGUCCACAUGCCAAAUUCCUUAUGACUGCUGAUGAUGACAUAUUUAUUCACAUGCCAAAUCUUAUUGAAUACCUUCAGAGUUUAGAACGAAUUGGUGUUCAAGACUUUUGGAUUGGUCGUGUUCAUCGUGGUGCCCCUCCCGUCAGAGACAAAAGCAGCAAAUACUAUGUCUCCUAUGAAAUGUACCAGUGGCCGGCUUACCCUGACUAUACUGCAGGAGCCGCCUACGUGAUCUCUGGUGAUGUAGCCGCCAAAGUCUAUGAGGCAUCACAGACACUUAACUCUAGUCUUUACAUAGACGAUGUGUUCAUGGGCCUCUGUGCCAAUAAAAUAGGGAUAGUACCACAAUACCAUGUGUUUUUCUCCGGGGAAGGUAAAACUCCUUAUCAUCCCUGCAUCUAUGAAAAAAUGAUGACAUCUCAUGGACAUGUAGAAGACCUUCAGGACCUUUGGAAGGAUGCCACAGACCCAAGAGUAAAAAUGAUUUCAAAAGGUUUCUUUGGUCAAUUAUACUGCAGAAUAAUUAAGAUAGUCCUCCUUUGCAAACUGACCUGUGAGGAUACGUAUCCAUGUAGGGCUGCCUUUGCCUAAUAGUACUUGAAUGUUGUAUGUUUUCACUGUCACUGAGCCAGACGUGGAUGAAAAAACCUUUAAAUGUUUGUCUGUACCAUAAGUGAAAUGAAUAUGAAGAACAAAGAAAUAUUUUGAAAGCCCUGUCUAUCAGAAUGUUUCUUUGAUUCUAGAAGCCCUUCAAUAUAACUUAUCUACUUCAUUGCCUAAAUUCAUAUCAAGGAAUUUAUAUUUAGACAAGGUUUAUGGAAACAAAACUAAAGGGAAUUUCAAGUUCACAGUACCACGUGUAUAUUAGAGGUGUAGAGAAGUUAUUAAGGUGCCUAGGUGUUAGAAUAACUGCUUUUGGAAAAUACCAAGUAAGUGUAUAGUACAACAUUUCAAAGAAAUGGAUAUAUUGUUAGACCAGGUAUACAAGUUUAUUUUGAUUAAAGAGCACUUGAUGGAGUUGGUGGAGGCAGGAGAGGAUUGGCCUAGAAGAAAGUACAUGAAUCUGGUAAAAGAAAGUUUCCUCUUCUUCAGAGGAGAUUUAGGAAAAUGUACACAAUUUCUUUAUAAACUGUCAAAUCACUUACUGUCACAUCCAUGUAGCUAUUUUACCUGGAUACUGUUGGAGUCAUUUUAAAUAUAUUCAUAUCUUUUUUUCAAAGUUUAAUGUGAAAUUUGAGAAGUCAUUAGUUCUGCCCUAACUAGUACUUUAUUAUGGUUCUUUUUGAUUAUUAGAAAAUGACACAAAACAUGGACAGUGUCUUACUCAUGGGGUCCUUCUCUAGAGAGAAAUCAUUGUUAAUUCAAAUAAGCUGAUUUUAAUUUAAUGAAUUUUUCAACUGGUUUUUAAAUAUUCAAUAUGGGUCUGUUUUUAAGGCAGCUAUUUGAAUGUAAGUUUACAUAGAGGAAUAUAAUAAUGAAGAAUUCAAAAGGAAAGAUAGAACAUUAAAAGCCUCUUUUCUCCAUAAUUUAUAAAAUAAAAGUUUUAGUGUCUAAAUUGUAUUGAUUACUAAAAUUAGCCUACCCCUCUCCAACAGGGUCUCAUAAACCACAGACUUUGUUCUGAGUUCAGCUUUUAAAAUUGAGAGUAUUAAACAUCAAAUCGAAGCUGUAGUAUUUAAAAAAAAUCUACUCUUUCAUCACAACAACUGUCAGAGGUUAUCUUCAACUUAUAAAUAUUUCCAACUUCAAAGUAGAAUGAAAGUGAUAGAAAAGUCACCAGAAUGAGAUUUAAAGCAUUUGUAAAGCUGUAGGUUUCUUGUAAUCAAAGAAAUGUGGCUGAGAUCCAAUAGCGCAUUACAUUUAUUUUACAGAGCAGGAUAAAAAUGUGGCUAUGAUGCAAACAACCUCCCCUCACUACAGAAAGAACUAGGUGAUGUCUGUUAUUAGGGGGAUUAUAUGAAAGCCAAAAUAGUGACUUCAGCAAAAGCAGUCGAACUGAUUAUAAACCCUUUGUCUGCAGAGGCUCCUGUUAGGGAAAACUAAGAUGUAUCACUUAGUAAGAUGUCUGAAACAUGCAAAAAAACUAAAAAAGAAUUCUCAGUAUACACAACUGGAUGAUGAUAUGUAUAAUUUGUUGCAGGUAGCUUCUCAAUGUUUACAGAAAUUUUUUGUUAAUUUUUUUCUAUUUUGAAAAUUGAAGCUUGUUUACAUUGAUUGCUCAGAUAAUUUAAAAUUUUUAACUCAUGUCAAAACUAUGGUAUCAAACAUUCUAGUUUUUAGUUACUUUCAGAGUAGGUUCAGGGUUUUUAGAUCAUUACAGUUUUAAUUUUCUGACCAAUUUAAAAAACUGUAGAGAACAAAAGCGUAUUUUGACAAACCAGGUUUAUAAUUAAUUUUUAUUAGUUGAUUCUUUAAUAACCAUUUGCCUUUUGGCCAUAUAUAUGCCCUGUGUAUCUAUACUUGUAACUGUUUAAAUUUGCCAUUGGUUGAAAACAUCAGUGUCUCUCUGGCCAUCAAAAUGAUCUUGUUUACAGCAAUACUUUUGUGAAACAGUUAUUUAUUUGUGAAAGAGCUCCCCUCAAUUGUGUUCAUCUUUUUAUUUUUGCUUAAAAUAGAAUGAAACAGUUAAAUAUGAAGGAAAUAUGAAGGUACUUCCUUUUUUUAAUAAGAAGGAAAUUGCUAGACUCUUCCUUCAUCAGAUUUAAAGUACUGAGAAGAUUAAUUGUAAAUAAAGGAUUCCAACCUUUUAAAAAGGAAGGAAAAAACUUUUUGGUGCUCCAGUGCAAGGCUGUCUUUUAAAAAUCAUCAGUAAAGGGAAAAUAAACUCUUAGCCUGGAUGGUCAAUUGACAGUUAUACACAGUGUUAUUGCUAAAAACUUUUUACCUCUUGGUUGGUUUGCGUCUUUUUUCCAUAUUAUUAAUUUUAUACCAAAAUGUUAAAUAUUUAUAUUAUUUGAAUUUUGCUUAUAUGGCAAAAUAGAGGGUUUUUAAAAAUAAAUCUAUGAUUUCCAAUAAACAACUUGAAAAUUGUCAA